ACCAAAAGCCCGCCACAUAAAUAUAUGUCAAACUGACAAUUGUAUGGGAGAAAAUGAAAACAAUAUUUGAUUGCGGUCAAACUUUUUCGUAUUAUAUAUUUUAGAAAAAAACAUUUUGACUCGAUUUCGUCUUCUGUAAAUUAUCAUAAUGAGUGCACUCCGCCGAGAGGUUUUGAAAUGGUUCAAAAUUUUGAAUCGGGGGAAGGACCAAGUUUUCGCCGGCGACCAGCGAGCAAUCGAAGCUGCUAGACAAAAAAUUAGAGAGGAAUUUCUCAAAAAUAAAGAUCUCACAGAUGAAAAGGAAAUUAAAGAAAAACUUAAGAUAGCACAGGAUGUCGAUACAGAACUUCGGAGCACGGUGGUACAAGCAGUUAGGGUAGAGGAGAAUGUUUACCAAGCUAGAAUAACAGAUAAAACUAAAAAAAUGGACAAUGUGAUGUUCGACCCUAACGCUGAGCUACCUCCACCCAGAAGCAAGAAGUGUCGCGAUGGGAAGAAAUAGAAAAUCAAAAUUAUGUGUGUUCAAAUGAGUUCUUUUAAAGAGCUUAAUAGUGGUACCUUCAAAUUUUAGAUUGUU